UUGGCUUGCUACGCUGCAUGAAUGUCUUUUCUAAUGUAAUUAUGACAGCUAAUCAGGCUUAGUGGAGCUGGCUCAUCACUCGGUUCUGUUAGUGUGUGAGCAGAGAGGGUCAAGAGAGAGGGGCACAUGUGUGUCCAGAGCCUUUCUGUCGCUAUUUCAAAGGUUUUAUUGCUGGGGAAUAAAUUAAAUGGGAUUAACAGCUGUAGUGUUCAUCGUAACAACUAAGGAUGAUGCCAAGUUUCAGCCCACAUGUACCAGUUCCAAGGCCGUCCUACUCUCAGGCCAGGGAGAACCUGGUGAGAGCCAUCCCACCCAAGCUCCUCUGUCUGCUGGCCUGUGGAGGAAAAGACUGUCGCUAUGAGGGACCAGAAUGCUGGAAAUCGAACCAGCAAGUCAUUCGAGGCCUUUUCUCCUCCUGGGUGACCGAUGACAUAAUAGCAAUGGCUCGUCCAUCCAAUCAGCUCAUCAAGAAGUACAACAUCAUAGAGCAAUUUCAAAGGUUGAAGAUCAGGUCCAUCAUCAACAUGCAGCUCCCCGGGGAGCAUGCUCACUGUGGGCCUCCUCUAGACCUUGACAGUGGUUUCACUUACUCUCCGCAGACCUUCAUGGACAAUAAAAUCUACUUUUACAACUUUGGGAUGCCAGACUUCGGUGUGUCGUCUCUUGUUGGGAUCAUCGACGGGGUGAAGGUUUUGGCCUUUGCUGUGAAAGAAGGACGUGUAGCCGUUCACUGUCACGCAGGCCUGGGCAGGACAGGCGUCCUGAUAGCUUGUUACCUCGUCUACACCCUGCGCAUAAGCCCCAGCGAAGCGGUUCACUACGUGCGCAUUAAAAGGCCUCGUUCUAUCCAGACCCGGUCACAGAUAAACCAGGUGUUUGACUUUGCCCGCCUGCUCGGCACGCAACUCACUCAGUACCCAGACCUCAGCCUGCGGCACGGGGCCCCUUUCACCCUCCAGCACUACUUAAACCGACAAGCUCUGCUGCUUCACGGGCAGGAGGCACGCAGACUCAGACACACUCCCAAGGUGGUGUACCUCCUGUGUGUGCGGCUCUCCUGCCUGGCUCUGGGUCUGGCCUCUCCUCCGGAGGUCCACGCUGAACUGGAGAAGAGAUCAGCUCUGAGGGUUCUGAGCAGGGCUGUGAGAGAGACUCUUGUGUCCAAGCAGUAUUUGCCUUUGUUGAGCGAAGGCCGUAAAGGCUCGUGGGCCGGCUCAGGGUCAGUGUCCUCCUGGGACGAGCCUCUGGGGUUCUUAGAGAGGAAGCGCGAGGUGUUGCUGGACAAACGUAGCUACAGUGAAUCUGACGUUACUAAGAUCAUAGUGUAUGAGGACCAGGAACUGAGCUCGUACUGCACCGCUGCUCUCGGAGAUGAGAAGCACUGGUGCUUACAGGAUCUCCUACAUGCUGAUCUCAGACCAGUUAGUCCAGUCUUUGGCACAUUUUCAUUUGGGCAACUAUAUCUCAGAAAGGAGUUCCACAUGCUCAACACUGCAGCGACAAACAUAAAAACAAGCAGCAGCUGCACAAAAAUGCCAAAAAGCUCAGCUAAAAAGGAAAUCCUGAAAUGCAGCUCCAGCCAGGAGUUGUACAGAAAUCUACAGACCCCUGGCCCAACCUUGAUUGCCCGACAGGUAGCCAAAGCAAUGGCAGAUCAAGGUCCUCCAGGUGAGACCGUUCUACAGAGAUCGGCUCUGCUGCAGGAGGAACUGAACAGCAGUGAUUGUGGAUGGGCCCUGCUUGUCACUGAGACAGAUCCUCAGGUCCUUUGUUGUCUCUUGUGGACCUGGUUGGAGAAGUUAAGGGAUCCUGUUCUGAGCAGUGAGGAUGUAGAAAGGUUAAAAGUAGGAAACAACAGAAAGCCUCUCAGCAUUCUAAAGAAGCCACAGAGACAUACAAUUUAUUGCCUGCUGAGUUGUGUGAGUACAGUGAUCAGCCUGUGUCCACACAGAGAGGAUGCCAUCCUCCGACGGCUCAUUUGUACACUUACAAGGAGUCCUCAAGAGAAAAUUGGAAUCCUUGGUCCCUUGAUGAAAGUCCUCCAGGCCAGUUUGAGAGAAACUUUCAGUAUGCACAGAAAAAUCAAGAGGGCCUGCAGCAUCAAUGCUACACUUUGAGGAGUUUAAAUAAAAACAAACACAAGACAACUGAAUGGACUUCAAAGAUUUCCCUGAAAUUGUUAGUUAAGUAAUUGGAUUCAAAAUAUUUCCAUAAAACAUAUGAAUAAAAAUGUGAUAUCAGAA